CUGUGCACAGAGCUAGAGAUAGGUUGUAACCCGGUGAAGAACUUUGAGUAAGGGAUCUCCCCCAGAUUGAAUGAUAGUUUACUUCAGACCAAGUAUCAACUUCAGUUGCACGUGGGAAGUUUGUUACGAUCCCUAGACCACGCUCUGCUGGUGUAUAUAUACGGACCACCCACUCAAGUGGCAUAAAUACAGAUGAUUCCGGGUUCAUUUCCUGAGUCAUAUCUGGCGAGCUGAGAACAACAGAAUGUUUCGUCUUGUGUUCCUUGUGGGACUCUUCGGGUUACUGGCCCAGGCGGCCGUUCCCUCGCGUGACUCGAGCCUGGUCGACUCGGCCUACAAUCCAUCCGACGGCGGGUCCUCCAGCAGCGAGCAAACAGCACAAACCGGUAGUGUGUGGUCAUGGCUCACCAAUUCCUGGAAUUCUGUUCGAAGCUGGUUUGGCUGGGAGCCGAACCCGAUUUUGAAUUACCGGCCUUUCCCACCGUACCAGGAGCUCUGCGAUCCCCGAGUGUCCUUUGGUUAUCAGGCUAGGGAGUACGGUGCUUCCGUUUGGGUGGCUGUGACCGUGAAUAGCCCUUACAGCGAUGUUGCUGUUCUGUUUGCCCGACCAAAACUGGAGAACUACUUCAACGGUGGAAACGAUCGUGGUCUCAAAAUACGGAUGACGACCCCACUGCGUUUGAAGAGUCCUCCGUCAACAAGCCGUUGGGGGCCUGACAUCGAGCAGAAGACACUCGUGUACUAUAUGUACUUGCCACCUGAACUGCACGCAAACCCACCUGAGCCCAAUGACACUGAUGUGGUUAUCCUCAGAGAACAGGCACGGAAGUACUUCGUCAUCACCUUCCCAAGUUACAACUACGCCUUCUUAGACUUCCAAAAGCGGGGCGAGCUGGUGAAUCUUCUGGAUGAGCAGCGAGAAGAAUACCAACGCGAGUUCUUCUUUGUCGACGUCUACAAUACGCGUUGGGAAGUGACAGGUCGCCAAAAUGAGGUCCUGCUUCUGUUCAGCCCUAACGUUGCCACGCCAAACUGUGCGCCCCGGGAGACCGUCCCGGCCGCCCCCAGGCCCGGGGUUACGGCGGCCGUUAUCACCAGUUCGUCUGAGCCCGAGUACAAGCAGCUCUGCUCCUCCAGGACCACCGAGUACGAUGCCAGGGAAUAUAAGCGGGCCGUGUGGAUAUCGACCACCGUCAACGCUGUGUCUUCUGAUGUGGGGAAAUUUGACGCUUUCCCGAAGCUGGACAGAUACUUCGAUGGGAAUAAUGAUCAGGGUGUGAAGAUCCAGAAUACAUACCCGGUCCGAAUAACGCAGGAAUGGCCCAAGUCACCGUACAUAUUUGAAGUGUUCAGGGAUUACACGUACGCUUAUUAUCUGCCGCCAGAGUUGUAUAAAAACAUCCCGGAACCGUUGGACCCUGCCGUGAGCAUUUUAGAUGAGCCUGCAGCCACCAUGUUCGCUCUGAACUACACCGGCUUCACCUUCGAAUUCAAAGACCAGCAAAUGUUGAUAAGGUUGCAGAACCUCCUCGAUGAAGCUGGCGAGUCUUAUAUGAGUUCCUGGCGGUGGGCCAGAAAUCAGUACUACUAUUCCACCCAGAUUUUUGGUCGUCGCAAUGACAUCCUCGUGUACAUGGACCCGCACCUUAAAACUCCACAGUGCACAUUAGAAGAAGGAGAAUUUCCUCCCUGCGAACAUCGAGGCAAAGACUGUCCCAGCUAUCGCGUGCUGCAGAGCCUGACCGAUGACAUCCAGAGGCGACACUUCUCUGGCAACCUCUACGUUCUCCGCAGGACAAACACAUGCAACAUGAGCGCUGCAUACAGCACGGCAUACAUGCCUCUUCACCGCUACUUCAGAGGUGCCAACAGUCGAAAUGAGAACAUCACACGUGUUCCACCAGUAGUGCUUGUCCAUAAGUCCAAAGAGAAUCCGCCUGAGGGAUGUGACUUCACCUAUAAUCUAAUGUUCCACAUGCCUACAGAAGCUCAACGAAACCCCCCUGAACCCACUGAGGUUGGAACUGAGUUAUUCAGGAUUGAGGCAAGGGAAGUUUUCGUCAUGACGUUUCAGGAGAAGGCAACCCAAGAUUUAGUGGACACCAAAGUGGCCAGAAUGAAAACGGAACUGGACAGCCGGGCACUGUGCUAUGACAAGGAUGAAUUUGCUCUUGCUUCCUUCGAUGCCCCGUGGCGACCUCUACCUCAUCGUCGGGAGAUCUGGAUCGUCCAAGCUGAUUGUACCCAGCAAGUCCCCGAGCAGAAUCCCACGUACUCCAUCCAAGCUGGCUCUGGGUGCAGUGCCGAGACUUUGUGCCCUAUGUACCAGACUGUUGGUUCUCAUCCCACGUUCGAGGAAAGAGUGUAUCAAACGAGUUUGUGGGUUUGCAAAGCGACUACUAGUUGUGACGUCGAGGAUGCUUUCAAUGACGCUAUAACCCCGCUGUAUGAAUACUUCCAGGCCCUUUAUGAAGUCGAGCCCAUAGCCAGACCUGUCUGGUCCUAUCUGAGCGUGUCUGAUUUCAAGAGCAUCGGGUGCAACAAAGUCAUCACGACCUGCGCCUUCCUCCCUGAGGCUGGCAGGCUGCCACUGACCCAGCCAGGAAAUGGUAUGAAAUUAGAGUAUCACGCCGAAGAGGGCGCCCCACGGCAGCCGCUCUACGUGACCAAUCUGGAAGGCCCGUCCACAGUUGAGAAUAUCAACUCUGGCAUAACGACGCUGCUCCUGGCAAUACAGGAUGCCAACCUCAACCACAACAAUGUGUUCGUGUUCCGCUAUACUUUGCCAAGGGACGAAGGGGAACCGAAGACAGAAGUGGGGGCCUAUGCCGACUCCUUGGCCUACCAGAUAUAGACUCGACAGACUCCCUCGCUGCACCCGAUCAUCUCCUUUGACGUGACCCGCUAUUUGUAUUUGACUUGACACCAUGUAUGAAAGUUACUCAUUUAGCAAGGGCAGCGUUAUAGCGUGAAUUUGAACUUCGACAUUGUUGUGCGUCAAGAAAGGUUGUACACCAUGAUACAGAACAUAAUUUUGAUGCAGUUUACGAAUGAGAUCGUUUACCAUUGCCCGGGUCAACCAUUGUACCCCGUGGAAUCACAGAAAACAUGCUGUUUGGAUAAUUAACACUAAUUUUGAUAGCCAGGUAGAACUGAAAGAAAAGUACUCAUUCAAAAGCAACUCUUUAUGUUGAUAAACUCACUUUCAUAAUUAUCAAGGUAAUCGUUUUACAACGAGGUAAUGCCUAUCAUAGACACAAAAGGCACUCAAAAUGGGUAAGCUUUCAGAGGAAUCAAUUACGUUGUUAUAGAAAUGUAAGUUUCUUUUGUAUGAAUAAUUUAACAUGAAAAAUUAUGCGCUGCAUUUUAUAUUUGUAAGACCCAAAUAUAUAAUGGUAUGUAGCCUUUUCUUUAUACUUAGUUACAACUUGCUAAUUAUGAUUUUAAAUUCAACAAAAUUGUUUCACAAUAGUGCGCCUCCAAGAGAUUGCAUAGUGUUGGCCAAUCACCGUGUGCGAAAUCUGUCGACCCAAUGCGCGUUAGGAAAUAGUUUGGAUACCAGGCCCUUGAUUCUACCCGACGAAUCAAGGGUCUGGUAUCACCCAAUGUCACGUGAUCAAGACUGGCGUUUUCCGCAAAUAGCUGAAAUAUUCCGAAGUCGUCGUAUCUAUUUUAGGCAUGUUCGGAUGGUACCAUUGACGUUCGGUUAUUCCCGGCUGGGUAGGUGCAUAGGCUAGCUGUUGAACGUAAAUUCUCGUAUCCUAAUGGCAGCUGUUAAUCCCACAAUAUUUGACCUUGUACACUGAAAUCAAAGGUCGCCUUGGCUGAAAUACCAGGCGAAAUGAAGAAUAUAACUUUCUUCGACCAAUGCAGGCUUUGUGCCUGAAAUAUGCUCUCAGUAGGGAUACGCUUGCAGUAGUGCCCACUGGAUAUGGGAAAAGCCUCAUUUUUGAGAUGUUGCCACUGACUCGGAAAUCGAAAACAUCCGGGCUUUCAACUUCUGACGCCUGACCCUUGCGUCAUAUCAAUUUAUAUCCGUGGGUGAUGCCUGACCUAAGAUUUUAUCAAGAGUCGUCUGGAAAUCU